GACAACGCGUAACACAACCAGGAAGUGUUCUGUCGCAACCGUCGUCGCUCCGUGUGAUGCCGCUUGUCAAACUGCUGGGAAAAGCCACAAUUCUUCUCACCCUUUCGAUCGUCAUCGUCGCAGUUGUUCUCAAGUGUUUGGACGACCCUGAGCCAGCUCAUCUUACCAGAAUGGCCUCAAACUUAAAAAUUCUGGAGGAAAAUUUCAGGCAGAUGAAUAAGAGCUGUUUCCUCCUCGGAGCAUCUGGGGAAACCGGUAAGGUGCUCCUGAGAGAGUUGCUGCAGCGUAACAUCUUCUCCAAGAUCACACUCAUUGGAAGACGCCAUCUCAACCUUGAGGACCAAGCCUUUGAGAAUGUGGUUCAAGUGGUAGUGGACUUUGAGAAACUUGAGGACUUUGCUGCUGCUUUCCAGGGCCAUGACGUCGGCUAUUGUUGCCUGGGAACAACCAGAGCAAAAUCAGGGGCCGAAGGAUUUGUCCGAGUUGAUCAUGACUAUGUGUUAAAAUCUGCUGAGCUUGCUAAAGCUGGAGGCUGCACACAAUUCCACCUAGAGUCUUCAAGAGGAGCAGAUAAAAGCAGCAAUUUCCUUUACCUCAAAGUGAAGGGACAAGUGGAAGCAGAUAUACAAGCCUUGGAUUUUGACAGAUAUGCUAUUUACAGACCUGGGGUUUUGCUGGUGGACCGACAGGAGAGUCGUCCUGGCGAAUGGAUAGCCAGGCAGUUCUUGAGUGCUGUCUCUGCCAUUUACUCGACAUCCAUGUCCACCCCCAUCCAAACUGUGGCCAAGGCCAUGGUGUCCAACACGGUGCUUCAGCCUGAACACAAGGUUGAGAUCCUGGAGAGCAAAGCCAUCAACAAUCUGGGAAAGAGCGACAAGAAGUAACUCUCGGUGUGUUUUGUAAGAUUGAGUCACUGCAGCAGCCAACCUACAGCUCAGGGUCACCGCAUCAUGUUAAAGGAAUGUGUUAAUUAUUGUCUUUUCUCGCUUCUCUUUUGGAACAUAAAAUCUUGCUGUAAAAUAUGUGCCACUAUUUUAACCCGGACCUGUUGAGAAGCACUGCCUUACACUUGCUUGCUUGAAUAUGUUAAAUGUGUGGUGGUUUAAUAAUUGAUAAUUGUCAAUAAUUUUUCAUUGGAAAUUGCCACUCCUUAUUGUAUUGCACUUUAUAUCAAUGUGUGAAUAAAUUGAUUGCCUUGUAUGGAUGAAUAAACUUCUUUCUCGCUA